AUCCACAUGAUUUACUAAUCAUCAGCCGAGCUGCGGAAAGUCAAAGUUAUGCCUCCUUACUAUCUCAGCAUCCUUUUCCAGCAAUAGGAAAAACGGAGAAGCUAAACAAGCAAAAGUUUUCCUCCGACUCGCUAAAAGCGGAGACGACAUGGAUGAAACGGAGCUGUUUGUGUGAAUGAACCAAAAAGACUGACGAAAACCGUCUUCACACGGUAAAAGAAUGAUAACAUAGCUAGCACUUUGUGUUUUGUAGAAGAGGACGCGAAAAACCUCAACUGUGGGAAAGUUUGAAGCAGGGACUGGCUAUGGCGCGGGAGAGCGAAGACCCCGGGAUGGUCAAAGAUUCAAAAGUAAAAAGGCAAAGAAAGAAGAAAACUAAGGAAAACAAAACCAGGAUUGUCCACGCAAACAUACUGUAUGAUCACACCAAAGGGGAGGAAAACCCAAACCGACACUAUGCAAACAACAAGAUUAAGACGACCAAAUAUACUGUGCUGUCUUUCCUGCCAAAGAAUCUUUUUGAACAGUUCCAUAGGUUCGCCAAUGUUUACUUUGUUUUCAUCGCUUUGCUGAAUUUUGUUCCAGUUGUCAAUGCUUUUCAGCCAGAACUUGCUCUGGCUCCUGUCGUCUUCAUUUUGUCUGUCACUGCCAUCAAAGACUUAUGGGAGGACUACAGGAGACACAGGUCGGAUAAGGAGAUCAAUCACAUGGACUGUCUGGUGUACGGCAGAGCGGAGAGACGCUAUGUGGAGAAGUACUGGAAGGAGGUGCGGGUGGGAGACUUCAUCAGGCUGCGAUGUAAUGAGAUUCUCCCCGCCGACGUCCUGCUGCUCAGCUCCAGUGACCCUGACCGCCUGUGCCACAUCGAGACCGCCACACUGGACGGAGAGACCAACCUCAAGCAGAGGCAGGUCGUCCGCAGCUUCUUUGACCUGGAUUGUGAUUUUGACCCCUUAAAGUACAACAGCAUAGUUGAAUGUGAGAAGCCCAACAAUGACCUGAACAGAUUCCGAGGCUACAUAAUCCAUCGAAGUGGCAGAAGAGAUGCACUUUACAAAGAAAAUCUGUUGCUGAGAGGCUGCACCAUCCGCAACACAGAAGAGGCUGUGGGAAUAGUCAUUUACGCAGGUCACGAGACCAAAGCCAUGCUAAACAACAAUGGCCCACGAUACAAGCGCAGUAAACUGGAGAGACAGAUGAAUGUAGACGUGUUCUGGUGUGUCAUCAUCCUGCUGGUCAUGUGCCUGUUUGCUGCUGUUGGUCAUGGGCUUUGGAUGUUUCAGUACGGAGAUAAGAGACCUGUGUUUGACGUUCUCAGUCCAGAGGGGACAGACUUAUCACCCAUCAUGUCUGCUAUUUAUCUCUUCCUUACCAUGAUCAUCGUCUUUCAGGUGUUGAUACCCAUCUCCCUUUUUGUGUCGAUUGAGAUCGUCAAGAUCUGCCAAGUGUACUUCAUCCAUCAGGACAUGGAGCUGUAUGACGAGGAGACAGACUCUCACCUGCAGUGCAGAGCUCUUAAUAUCACUGAGGAUCUUGGUCAGAUGCAAUACAUCUUCUCUGACAAGACAGGCACGCUGACGGAAAACAAGAUGGUGUUUCGCCGCUGCACAGUGGCAGGGGUGGAGUAUUCCCAUGAUGCCAAUGCUAGAAGACUUGCUAUGUACCAGGAGAUGGAUUCUGAGGAAGAAGAGUGUACAUCUCAUGGUGGCACCCUGCCCAGACGGGACAGCGUGACCAGCCACCAGAGCGCCCGGGUGGUGCUGCGCUCCCAGAGCACAAAGUCCCACCGCAGGACAGGCAGCAGGGCGGAGGCCAAGCGAGCCAGCAUCCUGUCAAAGCACACAGCCUUCAGCAGCCCUAUGGAGAAAGAUAUCACCCCUGACCCUCAGCUCCUCGACAAAGUCAAUGAAUGCAGCAGUCAAAUGGACUUCAUGCGCUUCCACAGCCAGCCCAUGUCCCAGCUGCCGUCUGACCUCGCCGACAUCAUUGAUUUCUUCAUCGCACUCACCAUCUGCAACACGGUGGUGGUGUCUUCCCCCAACCAGCCAAGGCAGAAGGUCCGGAUGAGGUUUGAGCUGAAGUCCCCAGUUAAGACCAUUGAGGACUUCAUUAAACGCUUCACCCCCAGCCGAUUGACCUCUGGCUCCAACAGCAGCAGCUCCUCCAGCCUCAUCACCAAUCGCUCUUCCAACAAGGGAUGCUCCAGCUUGCUGUCGUCCCCCUCUGCAGAGAGCACGCUCACUAAGCUGGACGAGGAGCGGGCUCCCAGGGGCCUGGAGCACGCCUUCAGUCCUGUCCCACCAUGCUACGACGGAAAAGCGUGGAACCCGGAGGAGGGCGAACUGCGCUAUGAGGCCGAGUCACCCGACGAAGCUGCUCUUGUCUACGCCGCCAGGGCCUACAAGUGCUCCCUCGUUGGACGCCUCCCUGACCAGGUGACCGUGGAACUGCCACACCUGGGGAAGUUGAGCUUUGAGCUGCUGCACACACUGGGCUUCGACUCCACCAGGAAACGCAUGUCUGUGGUGGUUAGACACCCUCUGACGGAUCAGAUCAUUGUGUACACCAAAGGAGCAGACUCUGUCAUCAUGGACCUCAUCAAACCUCCCGGCACAGGAAACUCCAAGGGGAAGCGUCAGAAAAAGAUUGUCAGCCGGACCCAAAACUACCUGAACCUGUAUGCUGCAGAUGGCCUUCGUACACUGUGCAUUGCAAAAAAGAUUCUGAGCAAGGAGCAAUAUGCCUGCUGGCUGCAGCAUCACCUGGAGGCUGAGACGGCCAUCCAGGGAAGAGAGGAGCUGCUGUUUGAGUCGGCCCUGCGACUGGAGACAAACCUCCAACUUCUGGGAGCAACAGGCAUUGAGGACCGGCUGCAGGAUGGUGUUCCUGAAACCAUAGCUUCCCUGCGGAAGGCCGGCCUGCAGAUAUGGGUGCUGACGGGUGACAAACAGGAGACAGCUGUCAACAUUGCGUACGCCUGCAAGCUGCUGGAUCCUGAGGAGGAGAUUCUGACAUUGAAUGCUGAUUCUCAGGAGGCAUGUGCAUUGCUGCUUGAGGAGAGUUUGCACUACAUCCAGGCCAAAUUCCUCUGCAGCUCUACAGACCAAACCACCAAGGCCUUCCACAGUAACUUUGCACCCUUUGAGAUCUACCCCUCCUCAUCUCCGUCCUCCUCCUCAUCCUCCCACACCGCUCCCUUCAUGGUGCACCGGCUGGGCCUAGUGAUUGACGGGCGUACUUUGGCCUAUGCCCUGGAUAAGAGUUUGGAGGAAAAGUUUCUGGCUGUUGCGCGGAGCUGCCGUUCUGUGCUCUGCUGCCGCUCCACGCCGCUGCAAAAGAGCAUGGUGGUCAAACUGGUGCGCAACAAGCUGAAGGUCAUGACACUAGCCAUAGGUGAUGGGGCCAAUGACGUCAGCAUGAUCCAGGUCGCGGACGUGGGCGUGGGCAUCUCGGGACAGGAGGGCAUGCAGGCAGUGAUGGCGAGUGACUUUGCUCUCCCACGGUUCCGGUAUCUCCAGAAGCUCCUGCUCGUCCACGGACACUGGUGCUACUCCCGAUUGGCUAACAUGAUUCUCUAUUUUUUCUACAAGAAUGCUAUGUUUGUAGCGCUCAUCUUCUGGUAUCAGUUCUACUGUGGAUUCUCAGGUUCAGCCAUGGUUGACCAGUGGUAUCUUAUCUUCUUCAACCUGAUGUUCUCUGCUUUCCCACAACUCAUCACUGGCACUCUGGACAAAGACGUGUCAGCAGAGACUCUCCAACAACUACCUCAGCUCUACGUGAACGGCCAGAACUCCGAGGAAUAUAAGCCAUAUAUGUUCUGGAUGAACAUGAUUGAUGCCUUCUACCAAAGUCUGGUCUGCUUCUUCAUUCCAUACUUUGCCUAUGCUGACUCUGACGUGGAUCUGUUUACAUGGGGCACACCCAUCACCACCAUCGCUUUAUUCACCAUCCUGGUGCAUUUGGGCAUUGAGACCAAAACCUGGACCUGGGUGAACUGGCUGUUUGUUGCCUUCAGUAUAGCGUUGUUCUUCACAGUGGCUCUGUGUUACAAUGCCUCCUGUCCCACCUGCUACUUGCCCUCUAACCCGUACUGGACCAUGCAGAGGCUUCUCCAGGACCCCCUCUUCUACCUGCUCUGCUUCAUCACGCCUGUAGCAGCCCUGCUGCCCAGAUAUUUCUACAGGGCGUGUCAAGGCACGCUGUUUCCCAGCCCGGUCCAAGUUGGAAGACAGUUGGAUAAACUCCCUGCUGAAACCCGCAGGAACAUCCUCAGCCUCAGCAGGGUCAAGGUGGGGUCACCACUCAGCCCCAAGCCUUCCUUCCUGUCCCUCACUAAGCUCUCCCCUAAAGGCUGCAAUAAAAAAGACCAGCGGAGCUUCCCCAACUCCAACACAUCACAGGGUCCUGUUUUACAGACGGAUGAACAGAGCAGGAGAAGCCCGCUGCGGCCCACAGACGCCGACAAGGGCCUCUCAGAUCCCUACACAUUAGUUUCUUCAGAAAUAGACACUCUUCCUUACACCAAAGACGUCCCUCCACUCUCGGAGGACUCUCAGCCUCCGUACACCAAGGACUCAGAGUGUCUCGAUAAAACUUUAGAGGCGUCAAACCUGAGUCUGUCCAGCUGGAUCACCUCCACGCCUCUGCUCACACAGACAGACAGCGUCCAGCUGAAUCUGCCCCCUGACGGAGACUCCCAGCAUGUCAAAUACACAAGGAACUCCGAGGAAAGACUCAAGUCUGGCUACACCGUUCAUCCAGCACAAAGGACAGAGCAGGUGGCAGAACAGUUGCUGCACACCACCUUGUGAUGUCUUACAGUCUUAAGUAUGUCACUUAAAUGUCAAUUUGCACGAUAGUUUUUUUAAAAAUAUAAUUUUAUUGUAUUUUUCAAGGAGAUUCUUUUAUUAAAGAUACAAAUAGGUACUUCAUAUUUUGGAUGUUUAGAGCUAAUGCUAAUGAUAUGAGGUUUGGGAGAUGGAAGAAUUGGAAUAUCUUCCGUUCCUUUCAGAAAUCCUGGGAGGUUUUCAUAUCACAAAGAUGCAUCUCAGUACUGGUUCAGGUUUGGAUGUAAUGAAGAGCAGAGCAGAGUAGAGACAUUCCACUGGGAGAACUGGUACUCUGCUCAUUCUUUCAGCAUCCCCUGUAAGUGCAUUAAGACCUGGAUCAGAUGCCACUGUGACCUUGAAUCAGUGUUGAUAUUACCUGAGAAGUUUUAUAUGAUUUAAUCUCCACAGAAACAUGUUUCAGUGCAGAUUCUCAAUAGCGGCAUUGGAUCACUGCACAUUUCAGUCUUGUUGCUGGACCUUUUUUUUGUGUUAGAUUCCAAAGACUGAAAAGUGUGUUUAUAGCUGUUUGGUUGUACAGUACAUUCCACUGAAUAAUCACGAGAGCUUUUGAGUUUAAAUAUAAUUAUGCAUUAUCAUCAAGAAACUUUAUUUUCUGUCUUUAUACAGCAAGAUUCUGCCAGAAGUGAUGCUCUGAGUGCUUGUGCACACAUAGGUGUGCGUGUGUGUGUGUGUGUGUGUGUGUGUGUGUCCGUUGACUCAUUGGAUCUGUUUUAACAGUGCCAGCCAGUUUCACAUUUAAAGAAAAGUUAGACCUUUUGUUGAAUACAUUGAUUUGCUUUCUUACCAAGAGUUCAAGCAGAAGAUUGACGCCUCUCAUGUCUCCAUUACAUAUGAAGUUAAUGUUACAGUUAAUGCAGUGCAUUGUAUAGACUAGAAAUGGAGGGAAACACCUAGUCUUUCUCUGUACCUCUAAUAAUUAAUAUAUCUCGUUUGUUUAAUUCGUACACUAACUUGAGUCUUGUCGCAGUCAAUCAGUGGAAACUACAGGAAGUCCACCAUGUAACAAAUAUUUCAUUUCUAUGCUUCAGUUUUUGUAUGGAUUAAAAAUCAAAAUAUUGCGCAUCCGUUAGUGAGUUUUACAAGUGCUAGUGAGCAGAUGAAGCUAAAACUGCUUCUAGCUUUGGCUUCAUAUUCCGCACACAGACAUGGCGGUGGUAUCGGUCUUCUCCUUUAACUCUCACUAAGAAAUCUAAUAAGCAUAUUUCCUACGGUGACAAACUAUCCUUAAGCACUGUACAGUAGGCUGACAACACUCUACCAUCACAUUUCAUACACAGGUUUACUUGAAGGUCCUUUUUUUACACAGUUUACUUCUUGCGCUGAGUUUAUUUCAGCCUGGUUGAAUUAGUUCUGCUGGUGCACAGCUGCAAGCCAAAAGCUCAGUGGUUAAAGUAAUUCAUUCCUAAACGUAGAAGAGAUUUAGAUUUGCACUUUGAAAGCAGUAUUUUAGAAUUGUCAUUGAGUAUUGUUGGUGCUGGUGGUAUGUUCCCGUGUUGAGACACAGUAUGAAAAGGAUUUUUAUUUUCUUUCACACCUCUGAAAGGAAUCAUGAUGUAGUUGUCAUCAUGCACACGCUAACAACCAAAAGUAUGAAAAAUUGGAAAGAUGCUACAGUUUGUUCAAUGGUUAAGCAUUUAAAGCAGCAGCACCUUUAAUAUUUUAUGAUUGUUGUAUCUCUUGUCUUAUUGCAGUACAUUUUUGUAAAGUCGAUCAUUUACCAAAGAUCAUUUAUGUAUCUGUAUUUUCUAAGCAAUACUAUGUGCCUUAACACUGGAUGAGUAAUUACAAAUCUAAGAGUUUGCUUACAGUGCUGAAUUCGUAUUUGUUUAAAGCUGACAGCACAUCUUUGUUCACUGAGGAGCAUUUUGUGUCGGUGUAGAUGAUAUUUAUGAGGCUACAUGCUACGUGUUUUGUUUUUUUUUUGUUCUAUCCUCCUCUCUGUUUUUGCACAUGGUGCCUUUUUCUGGCCCGUUGUUCACAUUCUGACUCCUCAGUCUGUCCACUCUGUUUUAUAGGUUCUGUCUGUUCUGUGCUUUUGGCGUCGCACUUUAUGUGCCAGAAUGAAUCUCAAGCGUAUUCACUGUUGAAUUCCAACAUGCCCGCUGUCGCAAAGUCCUCACAGGAACGUUCGCUCUCUCCGCAAACGGCCUUGAACAUAUCUGAGCUCAAUUUAUUGCUUAUUCUUUUGUUUUUUGGUUAGAAAGCGAGUUUCAUGUUUUUAUGUUGUAGAUGGGAAAAUCAUCUGCUGUUGAGUUCAGUAUCAUUCAAGGUAGUAAUCAAGAUAUCCAAGAGAACCAAGAGGACACAAAGUUCUCAGUCUAGUGUCUCUGGGGAAAUGGGUUGAAGCAAGCUGGAAACACUGAAGAGCUUCAGCCCACAACAGCAGCAAAAACCAGUGUGGAAAAACUACAUUUUAAGUUUUUGUUUUCUUACUGGUGCUUUGUUCUUUAAGUAAUUGGAGAUUACUUUCACCAUGGCUACUUUUGAACAAAAUAAAAGUGAUAAAGUAUUU